ACAGGGAGAUGAAUGGUUUGAUCACACGCACACACGCACAAACACAACUCGCCUUGGACUGUAACAUAGCCGGGGUGUUGUGGAAGCCGCGGCAGCUAAGUGAAUGAGGCGGAACUGCAAGGGAAACCAAUUAAGUUACUUCCAAAGACUGUUCGUCGUGGUGCGUAAAAUGAAAGUGAUGCGUAAAUGUCUGCGUGCCCCAAUUUGGAGAACGCGGUAGACGAUAUCCAAAAUUUCAAAACUGAAAAGCUGACCGGCAAACUCGCUCGGAACUAGUGUCAGAGGCAAAAGUCCACCUUGGUCACGGAUGCCGUUGAAUGUCGUCCCGGGUCUGCGCUCCUGCUUCUGCCUCUUUGAUCUUAUUUGAGCCAUGGCUUACUCUCAGCUGGGAUACUCCUACUCCUCCACGCCGCAGUUUCUGAUGACCUCCAGCUCACUGGCCGGUUGUCUAGAACCGGGAACGCCUCCGUCUCACCCGGUGCUGCGCUCCCCGGGCCACCAGCUCGCCCCUGGCCCCGGCAUCGGCGUCUACAGCGGCCCUUAUCCGAAGAGCCAAGGUUACUACAACACUUGCACCAGCGAUGCCACCGCUCUCUAUUCCAGAGGGCCGCUAGAUCCCAAAGACGGAGCUGCAUCUGUGCAUGUGGGGACAUCUCAGACUCCUGCCUACUAUCCUUAUGAAUACACAUUUGGGCAAUAUCCUUAUGACAGAUAUGGGUAUUCCUGCUCCGACAGUGCUUCACGUCGUAAAAAUGCCACCCGAGAGACCACCAGCACCCUGAAAGCUUGGCUGCAGGAGCACCAGAAGAACCCCUACCCCACAAAGGGAGAGAAGAUAAUGCUUGCUAUCAUCACCAGGAUGACUCUCACACAGGUGUCUACAUGGUUUGCCAAUGCACGCAGGAGGCUGAAGAAGGAGAACAAGGUAACGUGGUCGCCACGGGCUUGUAAAAGCUCAGAUGAUCGAGGCUGUGAUGAAGACAGCGACGAAGCUGAGAAGCCACUUAAAAGUGACAAAGACGCUCCUGAUCAACAGUGUGCAGACCUGCACAGCGAUCUCGAGGACUUUGACCUGCUGGAGUCUGAUGCUUCUGACUGUGAACGGAAGCCACAAUUCCUACCCGAGGACAAUGAAGCAAACCCAAACACAGAUCUCCCACAUGGGCACCUCACACACAACCCAGACGCACCGCAAGGAAAAGAGAGACUGUCCCCGGACUGCCCCAAACUCACACCAGUUCAACACCAAAACAACUCCUUCUAUCCUAAUCCAGACCUUCGAAGCACAGACACCAAGCCGAAAAUUUGGUCCAUUGCUCAAACUGCUGUGUCUUUGGAUGCCAGCAUGCAGCCAGAAUACCCUCCCUGUAUGCUGUCAUCGACUGGCGCCUCCUCUCCUGUGUAUCCGUCAAGUAUGGUGCUCACUAAGGCAGACAGGCAACAGGAUUCACCAGUCGCCACGCUCAGAGAAUGGGUGGACGGAGUUUUCCAUGGUCCCCCUUUCCAACAGCCCAAACCAGCUGAGGUGUGGAAAGACUUGAAUGAUGCCAUGAUAGACAGCAGAAUACCACAAUCCUUUGAACUUGUUAGGUCUACGUCAUCUGUGUAGUCUAACCAACACAUCAUCAACGGACUAUUUCAAAGACUGCUGGACUUAAAACAAGAAGUCUAUAUUUUGUUGUUGUGACCAAUUGACCGCUCGCUAAACACCAUCCCCUUAGUCAGUGUUGCUACGCUUGUCAGUCUUUCCAUUCUCGCAUAGCACAUAUACAGUUCGUAAUCAUGGUGGCAGAUCUACUAUUCAAAUUUUUUUGGGGAAUUUUUGCAACAACUGGUUUUAAGGCAGAGGUAGAGAAAUGCAGGCUUCUCAGUCAUCGUUAGCUUCAUUAGUUUAUCUUGUAAAAUAUGUCUUAAAUUUGCACUUGAUGGCUACAGACAUGAUAUUGAGCUGAAAGACUGAGGCUAACGUUUCAUGUCCAAGGCAAAAAGUCAGCACCCUCCCCAGUUGAUGAUCCAUGUUAAAGACAUGCAGGCUUUUACAAUACAGACUAACCACUGCAUUUUGCAAAUGUAACGCUAUCUCGGGUAAUGCUUGCUCAGGUUGUUGGAGUGUAAACUAAAUCUAAAUCCAAUAAGGAGCAGCACUGCACUGCUAACAUUCGUCUAGACUCUGACUGCAUCCUGGACCAAAUUAAAUACAGUGAGAAAAUGCUACACAGUGGAUUCGCCAGUUGUGAAUGGGUUUUUUUUUAAAAACAUUGUAAUCCCACAAAUUAAUGUAGUUAAUGAUGUGUUUUUUUUGGCUUUGGACGUAAUGCUUGGUUACUGUUGGUACUAGGCUAGUUAGCUCGGCAUGCUAACAAUUGCAGCCUACAUUUAAUCCAUUCCUUACACUUUUGAUCUCGUGCUUUUGGUUUUGGAAAGGUUUAAAAAUUACAACACCCUCCAAACUCAUUAAAUGCCCAGUAUUGUUCUUAAAACAGCCACAUGCACACUGCUUCAACAUGUAGAGAAAUCCAAAGCUUGAAAGACCUGUCAUGCCAAGUUAUGGUUGCUAAGCCAUGACUGGAAAAUUGUUGUUCAAUGAAGGGUUUAGUGAACGGUCAAUUAACACAGUAUGAUACUAUUUGGACAUUUUGAUAGGCCUUCACUCUCUUACAACUUAGAAUCUUAUGGGCCCCAUCAACGGUCAAAUAUGAGCGAACAACUGUCACCGCACACUUUCCCUGCAGCAACAUUGUACAGUUCACACACAUGAUAAAUAUACAAUAUUGUACACUUGCACUAUAGCCUGCACAUGCACUGAGUCACAAAAAUAAAAGGUGUAUUCUGUAGCAUGGCAAAGUUUUCUGAGUGUGCCCUUAAAUUAGCUGUUCACUGUGCUGGAGCCACUAGUGUUAUCAGUUUAGACUUUGUAAAUCCUGUUCAGAAAUAGUGGAAUAUACCUUCGCAGCUUUGGAUAUGUGUGUGUGUGUGUGUGUGAGUGUUUGUGUGCAUAUGUGUGUUUUGAGGGAGUGAAAGGGGGGAAGUGGGUGGUAUUCAGCCGUGACUAAUGGAAACACACAGAGGAGGGUGCUGCUAAAUUGUUAAAUCGAUGCCACUUCCACCUCGGCUCCAGAUAUAGCUGCAAUCAGCGAUGCGUCCCUUUUCAUUAGGUGGAUUUUGUCUUUGUCAACCUGGGACUGCAAGAAAAUCCACUGCGUGCAAGAUACUUCAUAAAACCUCUUAAGUAAUUUUAAGUAGGCUUAAAUGUCACAUCUUUAUCCACUUGUGAUUUUUUUUCAUACAAGCAAUAAUAAGAAACAUCAUGCAAAUUAAACAGAAAAAUA